AUGAAUCAAUACGAUUGUUUGAAUAAAGCUCAACUGAGCUUCGAAUACUUGCACACAAACUCAACUACACAUACGUUUCUAUUCGGUGCAUUAGCUGAACUAGUUGAUAACUCAAGAGAUGCCGGUGCCAAAAAUCUGCAUAUUUAUACGCACAAACAUCCAUCAUUACGUGGAGGCUUCUAUUUGGCGUUUUUAGAUGAUGGAUGCGGAAUGCACUACGACGAUGUAUUUAAUGUCAUUGUUUUCGGCAAAUCUGCUAAACGACAUACACUGGACUCGACUCAAAUUGGUCAAUAUGGUAAUGGUUUGAAAUCCGGUGCUAUGCGUAUUGCGAACGAUUUUAUACUAUUUACAAAGAAAGAUAAUAUUGGCACGUGUCUGUUUCUCUCUCGAACGUUUCAUCAAGAGGAACACAUUACACAGAUCAUGUGUCCGAUGCCGUGUUUCGAUUUAACAACUCGUCAACCAAUCGAGAACACAGACAAUCAACAAUUGAAUGGUACACAUACUUACACCUAUGAUCAAACAAAACAUGAACUGGAAAUGCAUUUAAUUACGAAAUAUUCUCCAUUCAAAACAGUCGAUGAUCUAUUUAAACAAUUCGAUUUGAUCACCUCACCAACAGGCACACUGAUUGUUCUCUAUAAUGUCAAAUUAUCGAACACCGGCGAAGCUGAACUUGAUAUCAGAAGUGACCCAUAUGAUAUUGUGAUAGAUUCGAAAAACCGAAAAAAUCUAUUCGACGAUGAUGACGAUAGUACACCAGCGGAGUAUCGUUCACUUCGGGCAUACGUCUCCAUACUCUAUUACGAUCCGCGUAUGCAUAUCACUAUUCAGCAACGGCGUGUCGUUACAAAGAAACUUCCACUAACAUUAUAUAAACCUCGACAGUACCAAUUCAAGUCCACGCGUUUUAAGACACGCUCAGAACAAGAGAUAAAACAAUGUGAAAAAGACUUAGUCGCCUUAGAUGAACGUAUUCGCGAAGCAGACUCACAAGUUCAUGAUGCUCAACAACGAAUCGGGAUGUCUACAUCUGCUGAUGAUCGUUCACGUUUACGGAAAUUACAAAUUCAUGCAGCUGGAUUAAAAGAUCUUGCCAAUCGAUUACGCAAUGGCCUUACAAGGAAAAAGUCUGAGUUGAACACGACGAAAACGUUAACCUUCAUCUUCGGAUUGAACAUGGCGAAUCGAGCAGCUGACGGAGUUUUUGUGUACAAUUGUGGACGAUUGAUUAGAAUGUAUGAGAAAAUUGGACAACAAAAUAAGAAAACUCUAUAUUGUCGAGGAGUGAUUGGCGUUGUUGACAUUCCUUCGAUUGUACUUCAACCAACUCACAAUAAACAGGCAUUCGCUGAUGAAAAAGAGUAUCAUUUCCUACUAAAGAGUAUGGGAGAAUAUAUGCGACAAUAUUGGAGCGAUGCAGGCAUCGAACAGCAUGUGAAAGAGUUUUGGGAAGCUUAUGGUGAGAUUGAUCGAAAUGUGUGUGAAUUAUACUUGGAUUGCUUUUCAAAAGGUUAUCGAGAUGAUCAACUCGAUCAUUUGCCAUCCAACGAUCCAGAAUCUACUAAGCGUCGGCAAUUUGCAACGCCGACACUUAUUCAAUGUAAUAAAUGUUUCAAAUGGCGACGUUUGCCUUACACUGGUGAUGCGACAGCGUUAACGCAAGCACAGCUUGAAUCAUGGGAGUGUUCAAAUAACAGUGAUCUUCUGAAUAAUUCUUGCUCAGCUAAUGAAAAGUUGGAAACCAUACCCGAAGGCGAAUUGAAACAAAGAACUUCAGAGACGAACAAUCAAACUCGUGCUGCGACAACCAGCCUUACCAAACGAAUGUCAAAUGCAGAGAUCUCCUCUACAACGAACCAUAACACUUCCAAGCCGAUAACGCGCUCAAGCAUUGCUCCAGUCAACUCGAUUCUUGCGCAAAAACGUGUUCUAUCGAUCGCAUAUUCAUCGGCAUCAAAUACGAAACGUAAAAAGAAGCCGAAACGGCAAAUUUUGAAAUCAGCAAAACCUUACGAUGCCACCAGUGACGAUGACGAAACAUCUUCAUCUGAACAACCAUCUUAUUCAUACGGCUCACAAAUACCUUUAUCAGAUUUCGUCACAUCUACCAAAAUAGAAGCUGUCGAUGACGACGUCCAUAAUAACAUUGAAAAUAUUAAUAAGAAUGAAAUAGUAACCGAUGAACCACUUCCACCGCCAACUAUUGGUGCACGUGUAUGGGCAAUGUACCAAGGCGCGCGUCGUCCCGGUCAAGUAUUGAGUGUGAAUGAUAAACGUGGAAUGUUUAAAAUGCGUUUUGAUGAAUUUCCCACGGCGGAGUUCGACUAUUCGUUCAGUUAUAAAUCGUCUGCUUGGUCUUAUAUUGGUGCACCACCACCACAACCAUCUAUGGAACUAGCUCCCAGUGACAAUGAACCAUUAUGCACGAUUGCAAAGAAAUUCAAAGCUUUAAUUAAAUUUAUGCUACCACCAGAUUGGGACUUAACACGUGAACAAAUCACUUCUAUGAGUUAUGACGAUCUUAGUCAAUUCGACGUGACAAUAUUCAUGCAAUCUUAUCGAGAAAAAAUGACUAAGAUUGUGGAACAACGCAAAACUGACGAAGCUCGUUGGCGAGAAUCAGCGGAACGCUUGAAAACCGAAGUAACCGAUUUACUGAAUCUCUCCGGAUUGUCUAUACCAAACGACUGUUCCAUGGAAGAUUUUCAAAAUCUCAUUCAAAGCUACACUGCUCAGUUAGAGAAAUCUUCUUGA